GCACUGCCACACCGUCCUGUGGUUCCUCAUUUCCACUUUUCUUACACAUAUUGUCAAGUUAAUUUUCUGAAUAUCGAGUGAGAUGAACAAAUAUUAAUUGAAGCUAUUCAGCGAAGUUUCAGGAGCAGGACCACACCUCAAUUACGCCACUACCGGCAAUCCUAUAAAUAACACCUAACCCUCUCCGAUUCUUCCGCUCUCGUAUUCUGCGCUUCAUGUACAUGCAGUCUCAGUCCAAUUCUCAGAAACAAGCUCAAACUACCACCAGACAUUAGCUGUUAUGUCUCAGUUUCAGAUGUCGGAAUUUCGAUUCAAAAAGUCAACUCACCAUGGAUCACGAACUGCGGAUCAACACGUCCGAUUCGGAUGAAGACUUGUUUGAAACCGACUCUCCUCUAGCCACGACACAGCAGUCAGACCAAAGCCGAGUGUCCAAGUGGAGCUGCUGCGCUCAACGGUGCAAAUACCGGCGCCAUGGUACCUCCACUCAUGCUCCCCUAACGUGACCCUCCGCUUCCUGGCAGACCUCAAGCGUCCUCUCCUCCGUCGACGAGGGCCGAAAACCGUGGACGCAACAGUCAUAGCCGCGGGAGCAGGCGGCUUCAACUUCUCAUCACCUGCCUCAAAUUCCAUCAUAGUUACCAGAUUGUUCAGUUAUUCAGUAAAUUCUAUUGCCAUGUACACCGGAUUGCAAGUUAAUAAUAACUACUCAAAUGUUGUUUCAGUAACGUCUGUCGUCACUUGCACUGGCUUACAAGUUACAAAUCAAACUAUAAUGUCACUUAAUAAAAUUCAUAAUUACUGGCACCAGUUAGCCAGUUGCCAAUUUAUGUCACUUCAUUAAGGUCUAUCGUUAUGUGUAUCAGGUGGCUAGUUACCAUACAAUUAAUCUAAUGUCACUUCAGUAACGUCUGCUAUUACGUGCACCGGGUCACCAAAUACUACAACUACUCUAACAUUAUAUCAGUGACAUCCAUCAUUACAUGCACCGGGUUGCAAGUUACCACUACAACUAAUCUAACAUCCCUUCAGUAUGGUCUGCUGUUACAUGCAUGGGUUGCCAAAUACUACUAUAACUACUAUAACAUCAUGUCCGUGACAUCUAUCGUUACGUCCACUGGGUUGCAAGUUAAUAAUAAUACAACUAAAUCAAACGUCCCUUCGGUAACGUCUGCUGUUAUGUGCACUGGAUUGCCAAAUACUAGAACUACUCUAACAUUAUAUCAGUAACAUAAAUCGUUAUGUGCACUGGGUUGCAAGUUACUAAUACUAAAUCAAACAUAAUUUUGGUAACGUCUGUCGUUGCAAGUUAUUAAUACAACUAAUCUAAUGCCAUUUCAGUAACGUCUGCUGUUACAUGCAUCAGGUUGCAAGCUACAAAUACAACUAUUCUAACGUCACUUCAAUAACGUCUGCUGUUAUGAGCACCGGGUUGCCAAAUACUAUUAUAACUACUUUAACGUCAUAUCAGUAACAUCUAUCAUUUCGUGCACUGGGUUGCAAGUUAAUAAUACAACUAAAUCAAACAUCACUUCAGUAACGUCUGCUGUUACCUGCACCGGUCCGCAAACUACUAACGUAACUAACAUCAGUUCAGUAACGUCUGCUGUUACCUGCACCGGUCCGCAAACUACUAACAUAACUAACAUCAGUUCAGUAACGUCUGCUGUUACGUGCACCGGAUUGCCAAAUACUACAGCUACUCUAACAUUAUAUCGGUAACAUAUAUUGUUAUGUGCACCGGGUUGCAAGUUGCUAAUACUAAAUCAAACGUCACUUCGGUAACGUCUGUUGUUGCAAGUUACUAAUACAACUCAUCUAAUGCCAUUUCAGUAACGUCUGCUGUUACAUGCAUCAGGUUGCAAGCUACUAAUACAACUUAUUUAACGUCACUUCAGUAACACCUAUUGUUAUGUGCACCGGGUUGCAAGUUAAUAAUACAACAAAAUCAAAUGUCACUUCGGUAACGUCUGUCGUUGCGUGCACCGGGUCGCAAGUUACUAAUACAAUUAAUCUAACGCCACUUAAGUAACGUCUGCUGUUACGUGCACCAGGUUACCAAAUACUAUCAUAACUACUCUUACAUAAUAUCAGUUACAUCUAUCGUUACGUGCACCAGGUUUUAAGUUACUAAUACAACUAACCUAACCUUACUUUAGUAUCGUUUGCUGUUAUGUGCACCGGGUUGCAAGUUAGUAAUACUGACUCAAAUGUCACUUCGGUAACAUCUGCCAUUCCAUGCACCGGAUUGCUAGUUAGUAAUGUAACUACUCUAGCGUCACUUCCAAUCAAUCAAUCAAUCAAUCAACUUCCAUCGUUAUACGCAUCUGGCACCGGGAUGCCAGCGCCCCCACUGCCGCCUACUUCCAGUUACCGCAGCAGCAAACUUGAGUCGGAGCAUCUGGCACCAGGAUGCCAGCGCCCCCCUGCCACCUACUUCCAGUUACCGCAGCAGCAAACUCGAGUCGGAGCAUCUGGCACCGGGAUGCCAGCACCCCCUGCCAUUCAGAUGCAGCAAUCUCAACAGCUAGCCUUAUCAGGGGAACCUGGCACCUGGAUGCCAGCGCCCCCUGCUGCCCACUUCCAACAACCUCUGCAGCCAGCUUUAAUCGGAGCGUCUGGCACCGGGUUGUCAGUGCCCUCUGCUGCCCACUCCCAGCAACCACAGCAGAAACGCCCAGACAACACCAGCUCUAUAAAGGGUCCUGAGGGGGUCCGCUGUUCCCCGGGUGCUGCGGCGGAUUCCCCAUUGAUCAGGGCAAGACUGGGACUACUGUGCUGCUGCAGCUGCUGUGUGGGGAAGGUGGUGUUGCCUGUGCAUGAGAGAAGUUACAAGGACCUUUCCUCCAUAUUCUCUAUGUUGUUCUCCUCUUCUAAUACUUUCUCUUCAUCUCACUAUCUCCUGUCAUCUCGGAAUAACAGAUCCACCAAAUCAUGCGGUUAAAAUGGGUCAUAUUUGACCCGAACAGUAUGUACAUAGAUUCAGUUAAAAUGUAUUUAAAAGUGACUAUUGAGGUAUAUAUAACUGUUAAGUCUCCAUGGAUUGCAAAGUGGCAGGAUUGCAGUGUGUGGGUGGAUGAAUUAGAUGUGUUUUUAUUCUUUUUUUAAAACAUGUUUUCCUGAAUUUGUUUUUCUGUUCCUGCAAUUAUUUGUCAGUCAGUUGUGUUAAAAUGUACUUGUGUCUUUCUGUAUGAACGGUGUAAAACUACUAAGAAAAAAAAAAGUUGGUCAUAAAAAGUGAACAACUCCCCAACUGGAGCUGAAUAUGUAAAUUAUGUCCACAAGCUGUCAAUACAAUAAAAGUCUGCCUGUUCUAUGGAAUAGAGUUCUUCAUGGUCCCAAGAUCUGAAAUGCACAGAAGGAAAACCUAAUUGCCACUAAUUCAUGGUCACACUCCUCACCCUAUCUCUAUCAUCCUAUCGCUCUUGUUAUGAUAUCUGACACACAGAUACAUUCUGGUUAAAACAUAUUGAUACACAGACCUGAAACCUACAUCGAUACAAGGAGACCCUGGAGUUUUGACCCCUUCUGGUAAGCCUUUUGGUAAUUUACCUGUGGCUCUGAUAUGUCAGUAGUGUUUUGUUUCAAAAUUUAGAUAUAAUUGUUUUUGAAUAAAUUUAAGUCUCAAAGUUUUAAACUAACUUGUUGCUGCCAAACUGGUUUUGCUGAAGAUGAAAGUCAAGUUUCAUGUUUUUAUUGGGCAGUUGUACAACAGUACUGCCUCUGAAUAGUUUUGGAACUAUGAACUGUAAGUAUAUACAAAUC